AUGGAGGUCAAAGAUGGCAUUGGUCCGGUGCACAAAUGUUCCUAUCUCUUGGAUAAGAUGGUCUCAGACUACGAACGCUCCAAUCAGCCCUGGAGCAAGGACUACCCCUACAUGUCCAACGCCAGCCAGCAGAAUAUUCUCCCCACCUUCACAAAGGAGUUUUGUAUAUUUGAAAGCAGAUACGUGGACCGCAGUAUGCGACGCCGGCUGCUGCCCUCCUAUGCGAAGGAACGAGCCAAAGAUUCGCCGAUAGGGAAGCUCAAUGAAAAAUACUCCUCAGUGUUCUACGCUCAGCAUCGAGCCCAUGCCCGCCAUAUAGGCAGAACCCUGGCUGAACGGGCCUCCAACGGUCCCCCCUAUGUCCCGCCCACUGAGCGUUUUGGUUACUCUCCUGAAGAGUCCCACCUGUGUCUGCCGCCUGAGCAUAAAAAUCCUCCACCAGGUUUCCGUUCGGCGAUUAACCUUAAUUCCUCUGCCUGCCUGGGCUUUUGUGCCCCGACAGACAGGACCCACCUGCUGAAAAAACACGAGCUGUCUGGUCGAUUCUUCUUUUAG